AUGGAACCAGCAACUAUUCGAUGGGGAAUACUAGCGACUGGGUCUAUUGCUCAGACUUUUGCCAAAGAUCUCCUGGUCGACCCUACAACUCGCGAUGUUCAUACAGUCAAACAUACUGUUGUAGCUGCGGCCAGCUCCUCUGGUCUUGAACGAGCUCAAGACUUCUUGAAGAGUGUUGGUGCAUCUUCAACAGCGAAGGCAUAUGGAACAUACAAGGAACUCGCAGAAGACAAUCAAGUGGAUAUUAUUUACGUUUCAACUCCUCAUUCUCACCACUAUCAAAAUGUCAAUCUAUGUCUGGAGUCAGGCAAGAAUGUCCUUUGCGAAAAAGCAUUUACUGUCAACGCCGCACAGGCCAAGGAGUUGGUUCGAAUUGCGCGAGAGAAGAAUCUUUUCCUGAUGGAAGCUCUUUGGACACGCUAUUUUCCUUUAUCAAUCUAUGCCAGAGAGACGAUCACCUCUGGCAAGCUUGGCACUGUCAUGAGGACCUUUGCCGACAACUCCUUGAAUCUAGAACCGCAAAACUUCAGCAAGGAUUCGCGAAUGAUCGAUCCUAAACUAGCUGGCGGUUCUCUUCUGGAUAUGGGGAUCUACAGCCUUACCUGGGUUUUCCAGACUUUGUAUACCACUCAACCCUUGGAGAUGCGCAAAGCUCCAUACGUUACUUCCAUUGUUCAAAGAUACGAAGCAACCGGUGUUGACGAAACAGUAAACAUCAUUCUCAGUUUUCCACGGGAUGCCGAAUCUGGAGGUGAUAUGCAUGGCAUAACAACUACUAGUUUCCGAGUUGCUAAUGACAUCGACAACAAAGGUACUAGCGGCCCUGCUGUUCGUAUUCAAGGUACCAGGGGUGAAUUACAGGUAUGGCCGCCAAUAUUUCGGCCCACUCGCACGAGAUUGAUCCUGGCGGACGGAACAAUUGAAGACAAAACAUGGCCGGUGCCCGGCCCUGGUGCGGGAAGCAAUUGGUACAAUGGAUAUUCGGGGAACGGCUUGAAUGCUGAAGGCGAAGGACAUGGUAUGUUUUGGGAAGCCGACGAAGCAGCUAUGGCCUUGCUGGAAGGGAGAAAAGAAGGAAAAUACGAAGGUCUAGACGAGUCUGUAGUUAUCAUGGAGGUAAUGGACGAAGUCAGAAGGCAAAACGGUUUGACCUAUCCUUCGGAGGUCGAGGCCACAGAGACAAUCCAGCUAUAA